ACAGGUGCACAAUACUUUUAGCAGAAAAUAUGAAUAAGGCUGCCAGAGCCAGUAAUGAUGUGGUCAAAGAGGACCUGCAGACAAAUAAGAAGGUAGAGAGGUUUGACAUCUCGCUGGAGAGCCUGAAGAUGAUGUUCGAAAACCCACGGACAGACGUGAAGUCUCAGAGUGUUGUACACGUGUCCACCCCAAGAAGAGCCAUCGCUGGGCAGUCCAGACAGCAUUCCGUGGGCUCGAAGGACCAAACACCACCAGCAGAGAAGAUGCUCUCUGAAAAAAGCCAUGAUCUCCAACAAUCUGCAGGCAGUGCGGGAGGACCUGGCACUGGAGCUCCUGAGGAAGCCACAAGCCAGGGGAAGGGUGCCCACCCAGACCCAACCGAGUCUGUCUCACUGAAGGAACGUCUGGCUAUGUAUCAAGCUGCUGUUUCUAAGAAGGAGGCGGCCAACGCCCCUGGAAUGGUCACGGAGGAGUCAGGGGCCUGCUCGCUGCCUGGAGGGCUCGCCAGUGUGAAGAAACAGUUUGAGAGCCAAGAACUUGCAUCAUCUUCCCAGAGUACUGUCACCCAGUAUCACUAUCAACAACGAUCUGUGCAGAUCUCACACGAGCAAAGUACUCAUGAAAGCAACGUGGUCUCCAGUUAUGAAGAUCAUCUUGAUGGAACUGUGAAAGUUGUUGGAAGAGAGGAGUUGCCACAGAUAUCCACACAAGCUUUGAAGCAGCAGUUUGAAAAAACCAUCGAAGAGGCAACUCCAAGCAAGCAAAUUAAGAUUGAUCUUGGUUUCAACCAGUGUGAGUGGGGUCCAGCUCCCAAUGUUUCAUCUGGAGUUUCUACAAACAAAUCAUCAUUUGUGACUUCAAAGGUAGAGGAUGAGUCCUCUGUCUCAGCAAAUGCCUCUCUCUGUGAGAGCAUAGAGAUCUUCCCUCCACCACCUCCAGAUUUACUGCAGGUUCCAGUAGAAACUCCAGAUCAAUAUUGUGUACCAGAGCCACUUGACCCAUCCUAUCAUUCUAAACAGACAGUUCUCAAAGAGCAGUAUUCCAAGCAGAGGAAUCUAUAUGAAUUGAAACGACUCUACAAGCACAUACACCCAGAAGUUCGGAAGAACCUGGAGAAGGAUUUUUUGAGUGAUGUAACAGAGAUUGAAGGCUCUCAGAUGAAUGGGCAGAAGGAGGUCACGGGAGAUGUUCAGCAAGCUAGAUAUGUGUUUGAGAACUCUGGUACAAGUCCUAUCAAGUCAGUAAGCCCUGAGAGAGAGUACUUAGAGUGGGAUGAGAUUCUCAAAGGGGAAGUGCAAUCCAUGCGCUGGAUGUUUGAGAACAAACCUCUUGACACAAUCAAGGAUGAAACUCCAGAUGAGGACAGCAGGAAAAGCAUUGCUCAGCAGGAAAUCAUUGCAGGAAGUGAUGUAAAAUAUACAACAUGGAUGUUUGAAACGCAGCCCAUUGAUGCUCUGGGCACUAGCAGUCCAGAUUCAACUGAACAUACUGGCAAAAUGUCCGAUCUAGCAAGAGGAGAUGUUCGCACUGCAACCUGGCUCUUUGAAACACAGCCUUUAGACACACUCAGUAAAAUGUACCAAGAGGAAGAUCAAACCACAGAGUCCAUCUGCAUAAGAGAUGUCACUGGAGGGGAUGUAAAAACUGCCAGAUACUUAUUUGAAACCCAGCACUUAGACUCGCUUGGCCACACUGAGACCAUUGAUGAGUACCACUUUCUGCAACUUAAGUCAGAAUUAGAGACUAUCAAGGGUGAUGUAAAGACAACUAAAAAACUUUUUGAGACUCAACCUUUAUGUGUCAUCCGUGGAGACUCAGGUGAGAUGCUAGAGAUUAAAACCAUUUGUCGCGAGGAAAUGGAGAAAGGUGAUGUCAAAACCUCUCGCUGGCUCUUUGAAACUCAACCUCUGGACAUGAUCAGCAAGGAUCCUACUCAAGUAAAGCUGGUCUGUCGAGUGUCAAUGGAGGAUUGUUUUCAUGGUGGUGUGAACAAAGGGAGGUGGUUGUUUGAGACAAAAACUUUGGACUCCAUAAAGGAUGAAGAAUGGGAAAGCUCAAACCUGGAAAAAGAACAGAUUGUUGGGGCUGAUGUCCGGAAACAAUGCUGGGUGUUUGAGACUCAGCCUAUGGACUCUUUGAAAGAUAAUUCCAAUGCCCGGCCAUUGUCAACAGAAGAAGUUGUGGGGGGUGAUGUGCAGUCAGCUAGACAUUUAUUUGAAACUGUUCCAAUGGAUGCUUUGAAGGAUAGUCCCGAAGUAGGUAAACUUAAAACAAUUGUUAAAUCUGAGGAGGAAAAGGGUGAUGUCAGACAUCAAAAGUGGCUUUUUGAGAGCCAGCCACUUGAAAACAUCAGAGAAGAGAAGAAGGAGUUCAAGAGGACUGUACACCUAGAAGAAAUUGAUAAAGGGAAUGUCACAAAUUGCAAAGAAAUCUUUGAAACUAUGGAUUUAAGCAAAUUUGAUGAAACUCAAAAAAUCCAAGUUGAGGGGGUAACCAGUGGGUUUGUGAAAUCAAAUAAACAUCUUUUUGAAUCAAUGCCAUUAUAUGCAAUAAAAGAUAGUUCUGGCUAUUACCAUGAGGUGAAAACAGUUAGAAGAGAGGAAAUUGUGAAGGGUAAUGUCAGAACCUGCAAAUGGAUGUUUGAGACUCGUCCUAUUGAUCAGUUUGAUGAAAGCAUUAGUAAAUUCCAGAUCAUUAAAGGGAUAUCCAAACAGGAGAUAGAAACAGGAGAUGUAAAAACAGCUAAGUGGCUUUUUGAGACACAACCCCUUGACUCAAUCAAGUAUUUUAGCAAUGUGGAGGAUCAAGAAAGUGAGACUAAGGAGGCAGCUGAAGUUGUGAAGGGUGAUGUAAAAACGUGUAGAUGGUUGUUUGAAACUCAGCCAAUACAUUCUUUGAAUGAGAAGGCUGAGGUAAGGAGUGAAACUGAAACUGAAACAAUUCAAGAAGGGCUUGUGAAAACAUGCACUUGGCUCUUUGAGACACAGUCACUUGAUGCAAUCAGAGAUGAAUCAGAAGGUGUUAUAAACACAUGCACUGUAAAACAUGAAGACAUCCAGGGCAAAGACGUGCGAAAGGCUUGUUUUCUUUUUGAAACUGAGAAUCUGGAAAGCAUCUCAGGGGAGGAUGCUAGUGCUUUCAAAAGAGUUACUGAGAUUGAUAUUCAGUCGGGAGACGUAUCCAGAAUGAAGUACAUAUUUGAAAACCAGUCCUCUGACAUAAUGACCUCAACCUCUGAAGAAACCAUGAAAAAGCUGAAGGCUGAUCAGACAGAGGACAUACAGAAAGGAAAUGUUGUAAGCUGCACAUGGCUAUUUGAAAAUCAGCCUAUAGAUGCUAUUCAUGAUGGUUCCAAAGAACACAAGGAAAUCCGUGCUGUCACAGACAUACAAGGUGGUAAUGUUGACAAAGGACGUUUCACUUUUGAGACCUUCUCUUUGGAUAAAAUUCAAGGAGAGCUCUCUGAGACAGAGACCACACACAUUCAGAAAACUAUCCUUGAAGACAUUGAGAAGGGAGAUGUCAAAAACUACACUAUGAUGUUUGAAAAUCAGCCUCUAUAUGCCAUCCAAGACAAACAGGGUCAUUAUCAUGAGGUCAAAACAGUGACAAAGGAGGAAAUCAUGAAGGGAAAUGUAGUAGGUGCCAGGUGGCUAUUUGAAACUAAACCUCUUGAUUCAAUUCAGGACACAGAUGAAGUCUAUGUUAUUAAAGCAGUUACACAGGAAGAAAUUCAUAAAGGUGAUGUAAGCACAGCUAGGUGGAGAUUUGAAACACAACCCCUGGAUAAAAUUUCAGAAGAAACAAAGGUCUUGAUGAAAACUGUGGAAGACAUUCAAGGAGGAGAUGUAAAGACAAACAAACAGCGUUUUGAAUCUGAGGAUCUGUCACAAAAGUACAUCAGAAUGGUUAGCGUAAGUGAAAUUCAGAAAGGUGAUGUAAGAAGUGCUACAUGGAUGUUUGAAACACGUACCAUUGACAAAAUUCAAGGAGAGGAUUCAGAGUAUGAUGAAAUGGAAAAAGUGAAGAAAGAAGAGGUGCUCAAGGGAGAUGUAAAGCAUUCAGUGUGGCUUUUUGAGAAACAACCCCUUGACAAAAUUAAGGAGACAGACGAGUUGGAUGCUGUUGCCAUUCGUGAAGAGAUACCACGAGCAGAUGUAAAAACAACAACAUGGCUAUUUGAAACAACACCUUUCCACCAGUUUAGUGAGAGCAGUGUGGAGAAGGCUGAGAUAAUAGGUAAAAGCAUCAAGGAGACCCUGAAAGAGCUGUACUCCCAGAAAAUGGUGAAGUCGCAGGGGAUCAUCAUAGAAGCAGAUGAAAUUGGAGAUGUGAGAAUGGCAAAAUACAAACUCAUGAAUCAAGAAGCUCCUGAAAUACAAAAAGAAGAAGUCAUCAGAGGGGACCUUAAAAAUAUAAUGAUGAACCUGCUGAAAAGAAGAGAGAUCACUGAGAGAAGGAUUCUUAUAGAUGAGGAGGAGAGGGGAAACAUAAACACAGCAGUGAAACAACUGUUCAGUCAAGAGGUGGGCAUCAAUGUGGAAAAGGAGGAAAUAAUCCGGGGUGAUAUUCAAGAAGCUAUAAACAACCUGAUGAAGGAGGAUGGCUCUGCCAAAAGGGGCAUUCUUAUUCAGGAAGAUGAGAAAGGUGAUGUAAGAAUGACUAUAUACUCUCUUCUCAAUAAAAAAGAAGAGAUUAAUGUAAGUAAAGAGGACAUUAUAAAAGGCAAUGUUAAAGGGACCAUCAACAUACUUCUGUCCCACCCCAACAACCCAGAACAGUAUAUGAGGGUAAAAGUGGGUGAUACAGAGAAAGGAAAUGUUAGCUUUUACUCCACAUGUAUAGAGUCAGGGGCACUGGACUACCUUAAAGGACUCCAGGUUGGACCUGAUGAGACUGCUUCAGGAAAGGUAGAGAAAGAAACAAUUGUUGGCGGUGAUAUAAAGGGGACAAAACAAAUGCUCCAGCAAAACCAGCUGCAAAUUGAACGCACUGUUACCGAGGAUGACAUUAUUCCUGGUGAUGUGCACAGCACAAUUAAGGUUUUUAUGACUGAGCCAGUGGUCUCACUUGAUAACAUUCAAAAAGAGGACAUAGUGAAAGGGGAUUUGAGGGCAACUCUAGACUCACUGACACAUGCCAUAAACCAGAAGAAGGUGGUUGAGAGAGAAGAAGUGGUGAAAGGUGACAUUAACACUACCCUGAGGUCUCUGGAGGAGGCUCAGAGUCAGUCCAAAGAAAUAGAAAAAACAGAGAUUGUUCCAGGUGACAUUAAAGGAGCCCUUCAGUCCCUGGAAAAAUCUGCCACCAGAAAAGUAGACAUUGCCAUUGACGACUUGGUACCUGGUGACAUCAAAGGAGCCAUAAAAUCACUGGAAGAAGCUAAGCAGGCUGUGAAAGAGGUGGAAAAAGAGGAGAUUGUUAAAGGUGACAUUCAGACUGUGAUGCAGAGUUUAAACGAAGCCUCCUCUGAGAAAAAGAUCUACCACCAGCAAAUGAGUGUGCAAGGAGAUGUGAAGGGAGUCAUACAGUUGCUGCUGGAGCCGCCAGCACCACCCAAGUCACAACGCAAACCCAGCGUAGAGGGAGGUGUGAAAAUGUCUAUAAAGUCACUGUAUGAUGUGCAGGAGCAACCUAACACAGAAAAAGAGGAGAUGAUAAAAGGAGAUGUUCAGGGCACAAUAAAGUGCUUAUUGAAAGGAAAACAACACACAACCAUGAAAAGCAGCACUGGUGGUUCUAAGAAAGGCAACAUGCCAAUGAAAACUUCAUUAACCUCUCAGCAAGUGUCUCAUGAAUGCUCUGCUGAAACUAAGGCUGAGUGUGAGACAGUCCCUGCUGUUAAAAAUCUGUCUAAAAGUACAGAAUUGCACAGCGGCAUGCAGAAACAAACUGUUACGAAGUCGGUACAAAGCAAGUCUUUCACCAAAGAGGAUCAUUCUCUUACUGCACAAACCACGGGGGUCAAUACUUCCCAUACUUCCCCACAGACAAACAUUAAAGAACAAUCUCUGAAACAGACGAUACCAAGCUCUGAACCAGUGACCAGACAGAAUAAAAACAUGACUAAUCAGAUGACUGACAAUGUGCCUCCACAUCAGACAUCAAACAUAACUGUGAAGCACAUUCAAGGCUUAAAAACGGAUGCUUUGACUAGUGAUGUAUCAGCUGGUUUAGUAACGACUAAUGUGAACAAAAAAGAAACACAGAUUAAGACCAGCACAAAGACUAAACAAAGUGUGAAAACAGGCAAUCAGGUGACUGGAAAUACAGAGGCCUCGAGAAUGAAUGCCGAUAAAGAUGCAACACAAAUAAAUAUUGCUGCAAAACACGCACGGUAUAACCAAAAGGUUAAUCAGAUGAAUGAGGAAGUGCUAGCAUCUGGAAUGACUCAUUUGAGAAAAAAGACGUCUCACACUAAUGUUGACGCAAGAAACAGCCAGGAUCUGAAGACUAUGGGACAGGUGCAGACAUCUCUGACAGAUCACAAGACAAUUGUGCAGAAGCAUGAUAUUAAAACCCUGAAGACGCAGUUCCGCAAUCUUGACAUGAGUCAAAAGGACAAGAAUCUUAUACCAGAAAUGCAUCUGCCCCCACCACCUCCAUCCCCACCUCCGUUGUCAGAGUCUGAAUUCCCUCUUCCUCCACCACCUCCACCCGUGUCAGAACCUGAGGGUCAGCUAUUUCCAACACCACCUCCAUCUGUCUUGAAACAGGACAGUGACCUUCCUCCACCAUCACCUCCAUUGCCACCGGCUGAAUGUUUAAAGUCAGAUUUGGAUAAUUUUCCCCUUCCACCACCGCCACCUCCAACAGGUCAGGAUUAUCUACCACCUCCACCAUCACAGAAAGAGCUGGAAUCCAUGCCUGCACUGUCGCUCCACUCGCCACACACAAAGCCCAAGAAAAUGACGGUCAAGCCAGUAAAGGCUCCUGCACUAUACAAAGUCCCAAAGUUUGAGCCUCCAAAGCAACUAGAGGAGAGUCAAGAUAAGAUGCAACACAAGCAGACAGUCACACAGCCAGUCAUAUCAAAAAAACUGCAGGCAGACACACAGCAAAGUGUGACACUCUCUGAGUCUACCAGUCUACCAAGGACAGUUAGGACAGAAAUACACCAAGGGGAAACAACAAAACUUCAGGCUCAAAAAGAUUUUCUGACAGCUCCUUCAGCAAAAGUCACAUCUUCAAUCCCACUGCAAUCCAAUAAGCCUUUGCAAGAGGAGCUGCCUCCUAGUGAGAAGGUGUUCAAACCUUUCAAAGUACCACCUUCACCUGAUGAACCUGUUCCUACGAAGCCUAAACCAUAUGUGACAAAAUUCAAAACUCCAUUAAUGAUUGCAGAGGAAAAAUAUCGCAAGCAGAGAGAAGAAAAUGAAAAAAGCAAAUCAGGCAUUGCUCCAACUUUUCCACACAGUGGAGGCAAUGUUGAGACCUCUGUGAAUACUAUGCUUGAUGUGUCCAUCACCCAAACCAAGGAUCAAUCCAUGAAGAACAUUGCAUCUGCUGUAUUUGAGAAAGAAGCACAAGCAAAGGAUUUGUUACUCAAAUCACUGACUCCUUCAGUGAACGAGGAUCUUGGCUGUAGUUCAGAUAUUAAUUCAGCAUAUAAGCAGGAGCUUAUCUCUAAUGAGACUUCUCUAGUAGCCUCUACAAAACAACAUAUGACAUCCAGCUUUUCUCCACAGCAUCAGACUGUUUCAUCUGCCAAAAAACAAGUAAUUCCAGUUUCUUCUGGUCAGUCACACGCCUCGGAUAUAAAGGCUCGGCCCUCUGCCAGUAAAAUUGUAUCAGCAGCUGCUGAGGGGCAUGAGUAUGUCUUGAAAGAAAGCAGUGCAUCUAAACUGACUUCUAUGCAAGGAAUCAGCAGUCUUCAUACCCAAACUACAGCUACUAUGAAAACCAAUGAAGCUAAACUGACAGAUACUGCUGAAAAGCAGGAAAUUAAAAAGGUUCCACCUUCUGCAACCAAAAUUCCAAAAGUUACUCCAAGUUUUAAAGUGAAAACAAUUAAGAUUCCAAAAGUGGAAAAAAUAGAAAACUUUGACAGGAAAGACAAUGAGAAAAAAGAAAGGUCAGCAGAAAUAGCAAGCGCACAACACCUAAGUCAAAAAGAAGAGAAUGAUGUUCAGGUGCAACACAUGAAGGAUGUUCAAGAAAGAACCAAAGUUACAGCCAGCAGUGUGCAGAAAUUCAAAGAAACUUCUGAAAAAGUAGAGGAACAAAAUCAGGUGAAGAAGGUUGCACCUGCAAAGGAAACGGUCUUGGAAAUACAUAUGAUGCAGUCCAAGCAGAAAUCAAAAAUGGAGAAAACGGAUCCUAUCCCUAAGGAAAUUACACCAUCACUUCCUGUGAAGGGAAUUCAAGAACAGGAGAAAAUCAAGACAUACAGAUCCCUGCAGGGGACACAUGUUCCGGUUUGUGAAGAAGUGAUUGUCACUGAAAGCAAAAUUCAGCAGAAUUUCCAGCAACAGAGCACAGUUCAGCUUCAGAAGCAGUCAAAGUCUUCCACAAAACAAGAAGUAGAAGUCAAUAAUCAGCAGAUGCAGAAGACCUCAAAUGAUAAGUAUGUUCCUGUCAAAUUGACAGAUAAACCAUCACAAAAAGGGACAGCUAUGUCUUCAGCGGUAACUGAGAACACCUCAAAACAGUGGGAGGAAGUUCAGCAGUUGCUUUUUGACAUUAAAGAAUUACAAAGUCCAUCAGGAAAAAUAAACCCAAAGACAGUAAAGACACUGCUCAGCAAAACCCCUGUGUGGCUAAUAAACCCAGAGGCAAAGAGAGGUUUAGAGAACAGGGCAGAUAAUAAUAUCGAGAAGCUUAAAGAGAUUGUACUCUAUAUUCAAAGUGUUGCACAAGCAAAACUUCCACAUUUAGCAGGACAUGUCACUAUAGAAAAGCAUGAAAGUGAACUUGUAUCUGAGAAAAACAUUAGUGGUGGAGCAACUCCUAAAAUAUCUAAAAUUAGCAUUGACUCAACAAAAGUUGAGAUUCAGAAAAAGGUGCUGGAGGAGAAAAAAGUCUCUCAUGAAAGAAAACAGCAGGAGCCAAAUGAAACAAGAAGAGCUGAUGCCAGAGUGGCCUCACCAUUGAUUAGAAUGCGUUCUCCUUCACCAACCUAUAUUACCAUAGAAUCAACUCGGAGAACUGACUCCCCACAGAGAGUGCCUUCUUCAUCCUCACCAAUACAUAGAUCAGCAACUCCCCCGAAUCCUCCUCCCCGAAUGGCAGACCCACCUAUAUCUCGGAUAAGCAGGGCCACACCUUCUCCAACUUUCAACCGCUCGGAGAAAUUGGCCAAACUGAAGGACACCACAGCAAAGCUUUCUCAGGGGGGACCUCCUCCUCCUCCACCACAACCUGUGCAGAUAACAGAGAAGAAAUCAGAAAUAGUGGAGUCGCCAUCCUCUUUCCAUCGCCAGAUCAAAAUUGAAACGCACUUUGUGGAGACCUCAGAAACACUACUGGAGGCUUUGUCAGUGAAAGAUAAGAAAGAGCUCUUUGAAGAAGCUCAAAAAGCAGAUGUAAACAGAACCUAUGUGCGCAAGGAUCCGAUAGAUAUCCCAGAGCGAUUAGGCCCAGAUACAGAGGAGAUAGAGGUCCCAGAAAAAGAGAAAGAGGAACUCCCAAGAGUAAACCUCUCGGGACUUGUUCACAAAUUUGAAUCACCAGAGCAAAAAGUUUACACGAGAAAGGAGCCAAUUGUAAUUUCAGAGAGAUUAGGAAGUGACACUGAAGAGCUUGAUACUGAAAAAGAUAAAAAAAUAACCCAAGUUGAGCCAGUGCCAGCUUUCAACAUUAAGGCCAUUAAAACUGUAUUUGAAACUGGUGAGCAAAGCUCCCAAGUCAAAGAACGCAAACAUAAACACGAGAAGCUGGCAUCAGAGUUGCAUGAAAUCAUGGCAGAUGGUUCAAAGCAAGAAGACCCUUGGAGGCAAGAGAAGGUCUUGUGGCAGAGUUCUCCUCCACUCAUCAAGAGAGAAAUACUCCAGUCAGAGUUGACAGAACCAAUGGGGUUCUCAGGAAGUGAGUCAGUAGGUGAUAAAUGUUCAGAUGCCAACAAAUUUGGCACUAAGGCAAAUGUGUCUAGGAGUGCAACAGCUAUGUCACCACAUUCAGGGAAAAUCAGCACCAGGCGUGCCCCUCCCACGUAUGCAGAUGUUGUGAAAGGCAACGUCCCUGUGCUGGAUGUCACUUCUGAGGAAUCCCCUGAGGAACUGCUUAAGAACUUCCAUAAAACAUGGACUGAAUCUGAAAGUGUCUUCAAGAGCCUUGGCUAUAGCGUUUCAGAGCAGAAGACCUCCCAGAUUGUAUCACAUAAGGAGGAGACACUUGUGACUGAAAAUUCGAGUUCCAGAGUCGGAGCUGUGUGCAGUGUGCCGGAAGAGGGUGUAUCCAAUGGAGUCUUUGCUCGCAGACAAACAAAACUUCCAUAAAUCCUGUUUCCGCUGUAUGCAUUGCAACAGUAAAUUAAGCCUUGGCAACUAUGCCUCUCUCCAUGGACGUAUGUACUGCAAGCCACAUUACAAACAACUAUUCAAGUCCAAAGGAAAU